AAUACACGUAUAUCCAAUCCAACAUUCAACCAAACCAGAAGAGUUGCGUAAAGUCAUGAAGAACCAAACCCCUUCACUGCAAUUCCUAAUCCUCCUGAUUUUCACUGCAAAUCUGGUCGGCCCUUUCAAUGGAAUCCCCCGUUUGGCAGAGGCUGGGAAGAGGAGGGUUCACAUAACCGACGACCUAGACGACGUCGUCGACGACGAGGAGGACGAGGCGUGGCGAGAAUGGGGCAAGAAGUCGACUCCUCCUUCCAAGUUCGACCCGCCUCCCCUCGACUUCUCCGACAAGGAAAUGCCUCAACUCCAGGCCGAAAUGCUCAAGCGCCAGUUCGGCCCGGUCUUCGGUUUCAUCAAGCUCCGCCUCGACCUUCCCAGAACUCCGGAGACAGUAUCUGAAAUCGCUAUGAAAUGGACAAAACUUUCAAGAACUGGAUCUAUCGAGACACAGUUUAUGGGAUUUGACCUUAACACAGUUAUGUUCACUAUGGAAAAAGGCCAAGACUCUAUAGAGCUUAAAGAAUUUGUAUUGAACCAACCAGAAGCAUACGAGAUUAAAAUAGGGGAUCAAGUUUUCCGAAGACCAGGAGAUCCUCCUUUAGAAGAAGAAGUUGUGAAGCUCCGACAGGAGAGAAGCAAAGCUGAUGAAACCAGACUCAAAGGGGAUAAUGAGCAUAGGAAGGAUGAGCUCUAGGUUACUGGAAAUCCUUUCAGCAUACAAGGAUCAUGAAGAUUGACAUUUUUUUUUUUGGAGUUCAUUUAGAUCUGAAGCAGCUUACAUGACUGUGCUAUUACUUUUUUAGGAUUCUCAUCAACCGACAAAACCUUCAAAAUUAGCAUUUACUAUACUAUAACAUUUUCUCCAAAUGAAAAUCUUACUUCAUUUUGUUAGUUAUUAAAAGGUAAAUUUGCUCUUUGCAUGGCAACUGUAGAAAGAUGAAAUGAAAGAGAAAAUAAAUUACGCCUACUGUGUUUUUCUUUAGUUUUAAACACAUUUGGUGUGUACC